AUGGAAGAAGAGCCCUGUCAUAAGAAGCCUAAAUUUGAUGAUUCGUUGGGAGAUUAUAAAGUUAUAGAAAAUUACAUAGAAUAUAUACAUACUGCGACUAACAAUGUCAAAGCAGUAGUAAGCGAUGACUUAAGAGAUCAUGUGGAAACGAUAACUAUGUAUGGUGGCAACAUCAAACAACGAAAAGACAUAUCGAAAACUAUAAAGCUCCUGAAUGAAAAGCUACCAUUAACCAGUUUCCAGCAUUUGAAAAGGGUACGCAAUGAAACCGUACUUGUUUGCCCAACGGAUUCUGUUAAAGAGAAGUCUAUUCAAGAAUAUGUCUGUAAAUUUGUUCCUGAACUAACAGAUCUAUUUGAAAAUUUCAUAGAGGUAGCAGUACCAAAACAUCCGGUGAAAUUAAAAAAGCAACAUGCAGUAUUCAAUAAAAUAUGGUCAUGUAAUUUCCACCCCGAUGUAUAUUUAGAGAAACUAACCAGUAAUAAUUUCUUUUCUGAAAAAGAACUUCAAACGCAUAAAUUUUACAUGACUUUAAAUUUGGAGAUAGCUUUGUGGUAUUUCAAAACCUCAAAUCUAGAUGUAGUUACAGAAGAUGUUUUUGCUUGCUUAAAUGUGGCUAUUGUUGUUGAUCCCAGCAUCGAUUCCAUAGUUGCUGUUGGCAUAGACAACAGUUCUUCACAUCCUAUCCAACACGCAACAAUGGUAUCAAUAGAUAAUGUUGCUAAAACACAAAAAGGGGGUGCAUGGAUUGACAGAGCCAAAGAAACGGAUGGCUCUUACAUACACAAUGGUGUAGACAAAAAGUUAUUAAACUAUUUAUUGAAAAAGUUUCCUGUAAUCAAAAUUGGAGCGAAGAAAUAUUUAAGCAAGACAGAUUUGAUUGAUGAUGAGAAAACAACCUCCGAUGGGCCAUAUCUGUGUACGAACUACUAUGUUUAUGUGUUAAGGGAACCGUGUAUAAUGUGUGCCAUGGCGUUAGUUCAUUCUAGAGCCAAGAGAGUGUUCUUUUGUUUUGAACGACCAGAGACCGGUGCGUUGAAAUCUAAGUUGAAACUCCACACUGUGUCUUCUUUGAACCAUCAUUACGAAGUGUUCACUGGUUUUGUAUAA